AUGGUCUUCUCUGGUCUCUGCCAAGCUAUUACCAGCGUCGACUGGGCGACCGUCGGCUCUAUGGCCUUGGACGCGGCUUGCCUCGGUGCCGGACUGGCAUACUGGCGCGCGAUGGGUUACCCCCAUCCCAGUGUUUCAGUCCGGGCCAGGCAGGCUAAGCCCAAGGUCAAGGGCAUCCGCAACCCGAAGAGGGGCAGAGCUCCCAGAGCCAACCGGGACACGUUUGACGUUCCGGUUGGAACCCGCGGCAUGGCGGCACCGCGCGCAAGGCGGUUCCGUCAGGUCGAUUUUCAGGUCCCGAAGCAGCCUUGCUUCGGAGGCCCCAAGCGCAGGGUGGAAGUUCCCGCCCCUAAGGCUUUGGCUCCCGUCAAGACCCAGCCAAAGCCUCAGAAGCGGGUGGCUUUCGCCGAGGGAGGCCCUCAGGUCAAGGUGGUCGAACGUUGGUUCGACCCCGAGAUCCACCUCCACCGUCCGCUCUUCCGGCGCCUUCGGUUCGGAGUGGUUGAGCAGCGGGAGGUAUUCCGGUACAUUGUGCCAGACCCUGCCCCCAAACUCAACUUCCCCCGCACCAAGUGGGUGGCCCCGCUCCCGGAUGUUGAGGACGAGGAAGGUUUCGCGGUCGACCUUCAGCGCGCUGGUCCGACGCACCUUCGGACUUCCUAG